UCAGCGUGUCCGAUUGCUCCCAGGAGCUAGGGAGGAGGAGGAGGAGGAGGAGAAGGAGAAGGAGGAGGAAGAAACUGCAGGAGAGGCAGAAAUGGUGCGGGAGCGGCGGAGCGCCGCGCGGGGAAAGCGGGGGCGCCGCUGGAGCCCGGGUCCCGGCGAGAGUCAUGUCCGGGCUUGUGCGGACCAGCCCUCGGCCCAGCGAAUUCCCCGCUGCCCCGGCGCUCCCCCCUUAAAAAAUAUAACUAUAAUAAUACUAAAUAAAUCGGGAGAGGGGCGGGGCGGGGGAGGCGGCGGGGUUAACUCGCGCGGUGGAUGCUGCGACCCGUUGCUCUCCCGCACCCAGGUGUGCCUGCUCCGCUGCACCCUGCUCUCGUCCCUCCUCUUCCUCCUCGUCUGCAGCAUCCAUGAGACGGAGCAGAACAGCUACUGCCAGCAGAUCAUCACCCAGGAUCACCUGGCCGAGCUGCAGGAGCUGGCGGACACCCAGAUGCAGCACCCGGGCAGGGUCUCCUUCACCUUCAUCGACAAGGUGCAGCUGGACGACCCCAUUUGCUACGUGAAAGCCGCCUUUCCCCUGCUGGGGGAGAUCCUGGAGAAGACGGAGUUCAAGGAGAACUCGUCCAACGCCAAGAAGCUGCGCACGGUGCGUCGCAUGUACAGGCGCAUCGACGAGAACGUGGACCCCUGCAUCCGGGACGAGGACGACGAGGAGCGAGAGCUCUCGCAGAAGUGUUUCCGCGAGUUCGCCACGUCCCCCUACGAGAUGCUGGCGCUGGUGAAGCAGUUCUUCCACGACCUCGACGCGCUGCUGCAGACCCAGGAGACCUUCGCGAAGGACUGCAGCCACGUCUAUCGGAAGAGGUGCCCAGAGCCCGAGCAAAGCAGCUCCCCUUCCUCCUCCUCCUCGCCAGGUGUGGGGACAGAUCCUGACGGCACUGGCCUGUCCCCAGCCCUCCCUUCCGCCACCCAGCCCUCCCUCUCUGCCGGCACCCCCGCGGGCCGGCUAGCGGCGGCCGCUCGCCCCCGAGCCCAUUACGGCCUCCCGCCCGCCGGUGGAGCCAGCGGCGGCCCGGCUCAGCCGCCCGCCGGCACGGACGGCGGCUCGGGCACCGAGGAGGCGGCGGGCGCCUGGCCGGGGGAGCCGGCGGCGGUGCCGGCGCUUCGCGGCACGCAGCGGCCAGCUCCAGGCGUGGGCGCCGAACCGCUUCCGGAUCCGCCCGGGACCGUCGGGCUGGCGGCUGAGGACGUCUCCAUCCCGCCCCGGGAUGCGGGAUCGGCGCGGAGGGGUCCCCGGGCGACCGAAGCGGGGGCAGCGCCGGCGGAGCGCCCCGGAGCCGCCGUGCUCCCGGAGCCGGCCGCCUCGGCCCGUUCGCCGGCGGAGACGCCCGAGCCCGGCGCGCAGCUCCGUUUCUCCAGGAUGGCCGAGCCGCCGGAGCGGCCGGGCGGGCGGCGCGGGGGCUGGCAGCCGAGCCGGCUGCUGCGAGAGCCCCAGGGCGCCGGGCCCAGCCUUGACUCCCGCUUUGUUCCGAGCGCAGAGCAGCGCAGGAAGGAGCCAAAAAGCCCCGAGAGCCGCCGGCAGCCGCUGCCGUACGUCGCGGCGGCCAGCGUCGUGGCCGUCUUGCUGGCCGUGGGCGGGCUGCUCUUCUACAAGUACAAGUGCAGGGUGCUGGAGCGGCGGCUGGAUGAGAGCGAGCGCGACCCGGAGGAGCCGGAGAGAAGGGCGCUGCGGGCAGCCCGGGACGGCGCGGAGCUGGAGAUGCCGGAGCUAUGAGGGUCCGAGGCGGGACGUGAAGCUGCUCGGGGGCCGCACGGAGCCCGGCGGACGCUCCCGGCGGCGGCGGCGGCGGUGAUGCUCGCCCGCUCGCCCCGCUUCGCCCCGUGCCGGCGGCGAGAGAAACCAGCGGGGCCGGAGGCAAAAAACAAGCAAAAUAACCCAGCCAAACCAACCCCCCCCCAAAACCCCCAAAUAGCGGCCCCCGCACCCCCCCCAAACCUAGCGGGAAAGGACAAGCGGACGGCGCCGGCGGCCGGGAGACGUCGGGCCGGCUCCGAAGGGCUCGGCGGCGGCGGCGGAGACGGCCGGGGUGCUCCGGAGGCGCCGCGGGAACGAGCUCUCUGGCCCCCCCCCGCCCCAACGCACCGCACGCGCACUGUGAAUAUUUAAAGCCCCGCGGCGGCGUCCGGGCGUCCGUCCCGCCGGCGCCCGGCGGUGCCAGGUACCCGAGCUGGAUGGCGGCUCCGGGCGGGAAGAGCCGAGGCCGGGAGGCGCCAGCCCCGGAGCCCGCGCAGGACUCGGGCCGCCCCCGAAUGUGAAGUUUGGCCCACGCCGCUCUUGGGUUUCGAAGGAUUUUUUUUUUUUUUUAAUAUAUAUAUAUAUAUAUACAGCGGAGAAUACGUGGACAGACCAAAUUUUUCUUUCUUUUUUAAAAAGAAAGCAUUAAUACUAAUUUUGAUAUGCGUAUUUAUGGCCGCGCGGCUCAGGCCGGCUGCGGGCGCGAGCCCCUGGGCUCGGCGGCGAUUUGCGCCGGGGGCGGCGUUCCCGCGGCCCCCGGCGGAGCCUCCCGCUUUGCUGGGGACGGUUUCAUUUUGCCUUCUUUGUGGGUUCUUUCUUUUUUUUUUUUUUCCCCUUUAUUUUUUUUCCUUUAUUUUUUUUUUUACAUGAAGAGGAGUCAAAUUAUUUUAUACAUUUUUUUUUAAAAAAAAGUCUAUUUAAAAAAGAAAUAGAAAACAGCUUGUAUAUUUAAUAUUAAUAAUAAACGCGGACG